AUGAAACCGCCGUCUCAACUAGUUAAGACAAAAGGUGAUCCAAAGAAAGUGAAGCCUACGCCGAAUGACAACUCGACUAUGCAAUCUCCUUCAUAUUGUGAGCACAUCGACAAACUCUUUCCCGACUCACCUACUUCGAAAUUGCAAAAAUCUCAAAAAAGUUUAAAAAAAGGAGCUCGCAUUAGCAAACCGCCUCCGACACCUAUUUCACCCAAAAUUCCAAUUAUCGAAGAGAUGCCUAUUCCACCGAACAUUCCAUUCAUCGAAGAGAUGCCAGUUUUUAUGCACUCUUACAUCGAGCAGACCAUAGAUGUUGCAGGGGACGAUAAUUGCGAUUACCGAGCCGUCUCGGCGUUGCUUGGUAAUGGAGAGGGUAGCCAUACAAUUGUUCGUCAUUAA